AUGAAGGUUAUAGAUUGGAACUGUAGGGGUUUAGGUCAAGCGGACUCCCCUAAAGUUCCUUACAUUGCUUCUUUAGUCCGCUCUAAUCUUGUGGAUAUUGUGUUCUUAGCAGAAACUAUGGUUUUCGUUCAGUCUGUAGCAAAUAAAUUAGCUUCUUUGUCUUGUUCAUGUUAUGUAGGUGUGGAUUCGGUGGGCCUUAGUGGAGGCCUUUUUGUGUUUUGGUUUUCUCUUUUUCUGGUCGAACCCAUUUUGGUUUCUCCACAUAUAAUAUUGUGUAGAAUAGUGGAGAAUCAGGUUCUAAAGCAUGUCCUGUUUGUGUAUGGUGCGCCGCAAGUUGCGGAUAGGCUCACAGUUUGGAGGGACAUUUCGGAUAUUAUUGCUUCGUAUCCGAAUGUCUUAUUAAUUGGUGAUUUUAAUCAGGUGGACUCUAUUUCGAAUAAGAUAGGCGGUAACCCAGAUAUUCAGGGCUGUUAUGAUUUCAUUCAAUGGAAAUUGGAGGUGGGUUUGAUUGAUAUACCGUUUUCAGGACCUGCUUUCACUUGGACUAAUGGAAGAACAAUGACUGACCCUACUUUUGAACAACUAGAUAAGGCUUAUGCUACAUCUCUUUGGUUACAUGAUAGACCUGCAACUUCGGUUCAACACCAACCUAUUCUGUUUUCUGACCAUGCUGCAAUUGUUCUUUGUGACUCUUUGCCUGCUAGUAGAUGUAAAAGGUCUUACAUGAUCGAGAGUUGGUGUCUUCGUGCUUCAGAGGUGGCAGAUAUAGUCCAGUCUAUUUUUCGGACUUCUAUUCCGGGCUCUCAUAUGUUCUCUUUGUCUAAGAAACUAUGUCUUCUGCGACAUCGCUUACUAGCUUGGUGUGUUUCUCAUAAGAAGUUGUGGGGUAUUGAUUGGAAAGCGUUAGUGGCAGAGGUUUCUCAAGCGGAGACUGUUUUGGAUUCUCGUUAUAAUCGGUGUCUCUUUAAUUCCUUGAGGAUGGAGAAAAUUGUCGAAGCUCAACCUGCUUUUCUCUUCUGGAAACAAAGGGCUAAAGGGAAAUGGGAUGCGUUUGGGGAUGAACACACCCGUUUACUUUUUUCUGUUGUCCAAGCUAGAAAGCGUCGCAACACUAUAAUUGGCCUCCAGGAUAAUGCUGGAGCUUGGGUAACAGAUGUUGGGGGUAUUCGUACAUUAGCUUUGGAUUUUUUCAAAUCUCUUUAUAAAGUUAACUGCAACUCUCCUUCUGAGAUUCGAUCCUCGGUUUCUCAGUUUCCUUGGGAAUCUCUUCAUUUGCCUUCGUUGUCUGAGUCUCAGCGUCAGAUGUUGCUAGCCCCUUUUACUGUUGAAGAGAUAAAACAUGCUAUGUUUAGUAUUGGCGAUGAGAAAUCUCCAGGACUAGAUGCGUUUCCUUCGGCUUUCUUUAAAACUCAUUGGAAUAGGGUGGGUGAUCAGGUCAUAAAGGCUGUUCAGUUCUUUUUUGCUCAUGGGUAUUUGCUUAAGGACUGGAACCGUACCUUUUUGGUUUUACUCCCGAAAAUUGAUCAUCCUGAACUUAUUUCUCAAUUUCGCCCUAUUGGUUUAUGUAAUGUUGUUUACAAAUGCAUUGCAAAGUGUUUGUCUCAUCGGUUGCGAGGGGUGCUUCCAAGCUUAAUUUCCGAGUUCCAAAAUGCUUUCGUUCCUGGUCGACUUAUGUCUGAUAAUUGUUCGAUGGUUCAUGAAUUGAUAUCGUUCAUGAAUGCUUCUAAAGCCAUGAAACGCUUUUAUGCUGCUUUGAAACUGGAUAUGAACAAGGCCUAUGACAGCGUGGCCUGGGAUUUUUUAGCUCGUGUUCUUCAGGUGUUUGGUUUCCCUUUGUAUUAG